AAUCUGCAUCCGAGAGAUCAACACAAGCUGAUCUGAGUCCAGAUGUCAACGUCUCGAGCGUCACAGGAAGCUGCAGCAUGGUGACAUACAUAAAGGCUGCGCAGGAUGCCUUGUCUCUUCAGUCAGCCCACAAUACAAACAGCUGCAAAAACACAGCCGUGUUCAUGGCAAGGAGGGAGUCGUUCUGAUUGAUCAGCAGGUGGGAACCUGAGUUUAGACACAUAUAACAUCCAUCUAUAUGUGUGUGUGCUGAAGGCAGACGAGCAUUUUUCAUCAAGGAAUUAAGCAGUUGAUCUGAGAAGGAUCUGGCUCACUACUUGUGCCGAAUAUAAUUACUGGGAGAACAUUUUUAAAACAGAAUUUGUAGGAGCCAAAGCCAAAGAACAAUGGGGACCUGCCCCAUCAGAUGUCAAUCCAACCUGACAAUCCUAGAAAAUGAGCCUGAACCCGCACGACCACCCCUCCAGGAGAGCGUGAUUGUUUCCCUCUGUGACUACCCGUCCUUUGACCACACAGAAUUGACCAUGUGCAUCGGGGAACGGGUCACCAUCAUAUCAGACGAUGGUGAUUUUAUGAUAGUGAGAGCCACAACCACGGGCCAUGAGAGCUACAUUCCCACCAACUACACCGCCAAGGUGACACACAGGUGGCUGUUCACAGGCAUCAGCAGGUACAAAGCAGUGGAGCUGCUCAUGCAGCCUCAUAACCAGAGUGGAGCUUUCUUGAUCCGAGAGUCAGAGACAAACAGAGAUUGUUACUCGCUGUCUGUCCUGAGUAGGACCAACUCUUCAUACCUGGACAGUGUAAAGCAUUACCGUAUUCCUCAACUCCAAAAUGGCUGGGUCUACAUCUCUCCAGGUGUCACCUUCCCCUCCCUGCAUCACCUGGUGGAACACUAUUCAGAGUCUGCAGGUGGACUGUGCGGUCGGCUGACGGGGCCUUGCUUCAUCCAGGGUUUAGAAAACGACAGAGAGGCCAGGCCUGUACCCACAGCUAUCAGGAGGCCUACUGUGAACUGGAAGGACAUUAGCAGGUCAGUGAUCUUCAGGAAGAAGAGAACAGAGUCAGACAACUCUCUGGUGAGCGAGGGGCUGAGGGAGGCCAUCACCUCCUACCUCCAAAUGACAGAGGGUAACAUGCACAGCUGGGACACAUGAGAAGAGACAGUGGAUCAGUCUGGGAGAAAGAAGUCAGACAGAUAGAGUGAAGUCACAUACUGUCCUGUCUCAACUGCAGUUUGGGCAAGCCAUUGGGAGAGGCCAUCUGGAUGCACAAAUGUACCGCCCUGGAGUAGCAGGGGGCUGAGACACUACAAUGCUCCCCAUGUUGUGACAUACUGUAUGUCAGCAAGAAGAAUGUGUUUUGUUUUCAAAGAGGCACACAGCGGAAGUGUGAGCUGCAAGCCAGUGAGAUAUGUUCUCCAUUGGUUUAAAAAAUUGAAUGUUUUUCUUAAUGUAUAACCUAAUAUGUACAUGCAGUUUGAAUGCAAUAUGAAAUAUGUUAAUUAUAUUGUAAUAUGAUUGUUGGGUUAUUGGAAUCCAAUAAAAUAUGUUGGCUAUGUGAUAUGUGAGCAACACAUACACAUAUAAUCACCUAAACACAA